AUGUCUCUUGGACUACCGCCAGUAUCGACGGGUCUCAAGUCUAUAGCGCCGUACCUCCAACGCGCUGAGGAACUUGUCGAUCAACAACCAGUCGUGGCAUACUGGUGCGCGUACUAUGCAGCCCAGCUUGGUAUCAAUUUGAAAGCAAAGGAUGCCGCAUCACGCACACUACUUAUAAAUCUUCUAAACGCACUUGAGCGCUUGAAAGUUGAGAUUGGCCCCAAUGACACUAUAGAUAGCGAGCCUGCGAGCGCAGCGUUCGUUGAGAACUUUGCCCUAAAGAUCUUCCGCAUCGCCGACGAUGAAGACCGCGAAGGUCAUGCAACAAGAUCAACUGCGAAGAAGUUUCUCGCCGCAGCAAAUUUCUUCGAGGUCUUGAAAGUAUUUCCAACAACAGAUAUCUCCGAUACAAUAGAUGGCAAGAUCAAAUAUGCUAAAUGGAAGGCAGCUGAUAUUGCAAAGGCAUAUCGGGAGGGCAGGAAACCCACACCGGGUCCUGCUGGAUCUCAGUUCGACCUAGAACCUCUCCCUGCUACUUCUAGUGCUUCAGAGCUGCCUCCGAGAGUUGAAAGUCCUCAGAACUCCCCUCCAGCGACGAGCCAAUCCCGCACGUCGCCUCAAAUGUCGCAUCAUCGACGGACACCAUCUCCGAAGAUGAGUCCAGAUGAUAUCACUCGUGCAAAUACCUUGCAUCCUCCUCUCCAUGAUGACGAGUCGCUGAAGUCCUGGGCAGAGGGAGCCAACUUACGUAAGGCCUGGGUUAGCACCGACGUGGAGGGUGUGACUAGCGAUGAAGAGCUAGUCCAAGAUCCGUUACUUAACGGAUCAUUGCCUAGUCAGGUUCCGUUCUUGCCAUUUGCUAGCGAGUCUCAGCCGGCCGUAUUCGAGUCCUCAUCUCCACCCAAAGAGUGGCCUGUUAUAUAUGCACCGACGACCAGAGAGCAUGUGCCCCCCACUCCUCCGCAUCCUACCAUCCUUCCCUCAAUCUCCCCACCAAGAGGCUCGCCACGGCAAAAGCGUACUCGCAAACCUUCAGUAUCGUCUCAAGAGCUUCCGCUUGGAUUUGUACCCUCAAGUCCAGUACCCCCACCCAUGAUUCCUCCUCCACCGAUGCCCACAAUAUUUUUACCUUCUUCACCUCCUCGCGUGGCGCCCCUGCCUGCCCCUUUACCACCGAAUGAUUUUCAACUUACGCCUACCAUCAUUGCUAAAGCACAGAAGCACUGUCGCUUUGCUAUUUCCUCGCUUGAUUACGAGGAUGCUGAGCAAGCGAAAAAGGAACUUAGGGCUGCGCUGGCUCUUCUUGGAGGUUGAACUGAUGGUGAGAGCAUUGGUGUCGAUUGGUCAUGCUAUCCAGUGUGGGAGCUGGUCUCUUUCCCGAGGAACGCCUGGAAGGUUCAUGUUUUUCUUCAUAUAUUUGCGAUUUAAUGUAAUAUGCUAGCUAUAGCCAAUGUGUCAACUAUCUCAACGCUAUUUGUAUCGUAAAUCCUGUUCCCAAACGAUGUAAUGCAUUCAGAAAGGUAUGAAAGCUACUUCUUCCCAACAUUGCGAUCGGGGAUGAAUUGUGCGAGAUGCAUGUCCACCGGGCUAUCCACGCGUUGCGAGUCAUCUAUGAUCGUCGUUACUAAAGGUUG